AGUCCGGAUUCCCCCCGGAGCCCCCGCCCGUCUCCGCAUCAGCAUCCGCGGCGGCCGCCGCCGCCGCCGCUACCGCCGCCGCCACCUCCGCAUCUGCAUCCGCAUCCGCAUCCGCCUCCGCCUCCCCCAAGGGGGGCGUCGCAGCCUCUGCCGCGGCGGCGGCUUCGGCCGCACUGGCCUCCACCACGGCCACUGCCGCUGCCGCCAGGGAGGCCUCCGCCUCCUCCCCCGCUAGGGCUGCCGCUGCCUCCCCCAGGGUGGCCUCCGCCACUGCCUCCUCUACUGAGGCCUCGGCCUCCAACUCAGCCUCCACCUCUGCUUCCGCCUCCGCCACGGAGGCCUCCGCCACCGCUUCUGCCACGGUCGCCGCCGCAGCCUCCGCCGCCGCCGCAGCCGCCGCCGCCACCGCCGCCGCCACUGUCGCCGCUGUCGCCACGGUCGCCGGUGCCCCCGGGCCGCUGCCGCGACCUCCCUUCCCGCGAGCUGGGGGGCAGAGAGGCGGGAGAGGGCAGGAGGGCGGGUGGGCGCCGGAACCCGGGCCGGGGGCGCGAGCGCGAGCUGGGGCGGGGGACCCCGGGCCAGCCGAUCUGGCGAGUCCCAGUCACCUGGUAUGGCGACUGCUGCCAGGAGCGCACCGGUGCGAGUCGCAGCAGCCUGCAGCCCGCUGCUGCUGCCGCCGCCGCUCGGUCGUGGGCUAGCGUGCGGGGCGCGGGCGGGCGGCGUGUGGUGGGGGGCGGGGGGUGUUGGCGUCUGUGGUCCGGGCAGCUGGGAAGGCUUCUGUCUCUUUGGUUCCCCCUGUGGCUGCUGCGGGGCUGCGGGGCCGCGGACGGUGGGAGGGGGCGGGAGCGGGAGGCUUGA